AAAACGUCAGCGCGCAGUGAAAAAAAUAAUCAUCAUUCUGCCAACAAACCGAGGAAAAGUGCGACAUAAUUUGCGUAAUUUUCGGUGAUUUCGCUUAAAUUUAUGGUGUAAUCGGUUCGAAAUCAGUGCCACCCGCAAUGGAAGCUGUUCCCCGGAUGCCGAUGGUUAGCUUCGAGCUGAAAGUCAGCCCGGAACCGACCACUUUCGGGCCGCUGAAACAGUACAUAGCGGAGUACUACCAUGAAGAUCCGGACUCGUACUCGAAGGAAUGUCAUCAGCUGGAACAGUUACGGGGAACGGCCGUUCGACCAUCGCAGGACGUGGAUGGGACAACGGUGAUGAAGCGAUACUACUGCCAGCUGCAUUCGAUCCAGAAUCGAUUCCUGUUGGCCCAGAUGCCGGAGAGUCAUCAGAUGCUCAGUUUCAGCUGGCGUGAUUUGUACAGUGGAUCGACACUGCAGAAGAGUAACAUCAAGUUCGAAAUGGCAGUGGUUUUGCAUAAUUAUGGAGCGUUGCACACGCAACUGGGAGCGGCCGAAGGGCGAGCCGAUCCGGAAAGUAUGAAGAAGGCUUGUACGCACUUUCAGUGUGCAGCCUGGGCGUUUGGAUACAUAAAGGAUAAUUACGCCUUGUUACUGCAGGGCGACCUGUCGACGGAAUUGUUGAUCUUCAUGCAAGCUCUUUGUUUCGCUCAGGCUCAGGAGUGCAUCAUGGAGAAGAGUCUUUGUGAUAACAGAAAGUCCGGAAUUAUAGCCAAAGUGACGGCUCAAAUUGUGAUCUAUUACAAUUCGGCUUUGGCCGCCUUAUUGACCCAGAACGGAGAGGAUGGUCGCAUCCAAGACAUCGUGGGUAGCAAGCAGUUUAAGGAGUGGCGGAAGUAUGUGAAAUUCAAGAUCUCCUAUUUGUCGUGCAUUUUGCUGCUGUAUCAAGGACAGCAGUCAGAGGAGCAACAGAAAAUGGGUGAGAGAGUUGUGCUUUAUCAAACGUCAUUCGAUAAGCUUGAAGAAGCACGGAAGGAAUCUAAAGGACUUGCAAAUCAAGACCAAGUAAACGAUGCGCUCCAGUUUACGAUGGACGUGGUGGAGGCCAAACGCAAAUCGGCCAAGAAUGAAAACGAAUUUAUCUACCAUGAAGAGGUACCGGAAUUGAGUUCGAUUUCCGCAGUUCAGGGAGCGAAUCUGGUGCAUGGGAUUGCGUUCAACGUGACCGAUGCGGAUGCCAUGGGGGAAGACAUUUUCCAUCGGUUGGUUCCCAUGAAGGCACACGAGAGCAGUUCGGUUUACAGCGAAGAAAAGGCGACCCUGCUGAGAACUAUUGGAACCAGAGUCGAAGACAAGGAUAACGAGUUGGCUUCUUUCAUGAGUUCGUUGAACUUGGACGCCAUCAACGUGCAAAAUCCGAACAGUUUCAACGAUACUCGCUUGCCGCAGGGAUUGGUUGAUCGUUGUGCCGAGCUGAAUGCCAAGCCGAGUGCGAUUCCGGACUUGGUGCAGUCAAUGUCCAACUUGGCUGAGACUUGUUCCGAGGUGGAGCUGAUGCUGAAGGAAAUCAAACACAUGCUGAAGCAAGACGAGAUCCAGGAGGAUAGCUAUCAACAGAAGAUUGGUCAGCGUUCGAACGGUGGUGGCCACAUUGCCGAGCUGAACCGCGAAUUCGCAAAGUAUCAGGAGGCACAUAACAAGGCCGGUGAGAGUAACGAUACGCUGCGGAAGGCGAUGGGAUUGCACGUUUCGAAUUUGAAGAUUCUGGCGCAGCCUCUUGCGGACAUCAAGCUGCAGAUUCCGUCCAGCAGCGAUCAAUUCGAUGAGGGAACAUUGAAGGAGCUGCAAAGUAUUCUGAAUAAGGUGAACGAAAUGAAGAAACAACGUGCAAAGCUCUACCAGGAUCUGCGUGAUAAUGUAACCAACGACGACAUCACUUCCCAACUGAUUGCUCUGGAGGGAGGUGCGGAUAAUAAGAAACGCAUGCAAGAUUUGUUCAAAAAAGAACUGGCCAAGCACGAUCAACUGGUAGCCCUCCUGGAUGCCAACCUCAAAGCCCAAGCCAACAUUCUGAAAGCACUGACUGAUAUCUAUGCGCGCUGUGCUCCGAUCAUCAAAUCCAUCAGCGAGGCGAAAAACAAGCGUGAACAGUUUUUCUCGUCGCUUCAGGGGUCGUAUGACGUGUACGAAGAUUUACUUUCGAAGAGCGCCAAAGGUUUGGAAUUUUACAAGAAAUUGCAGGCUAACGUUCAGAAGCUUUUUUCGCGAGUGAAGGCCGCUUGCGAUGUUCAGGAUGAAGAACGCAAUCAAAAGCUUAGGUCCAGCAAUAUGGCGAAAAGAACUGAGCCUUCUCGUGAGAGCCCCAAACCAAGUGGGGGACCAAAAUUGAAAGAUUAUCUAAAAUCCGGGAACAUUAGUUUAGGGUCUAUAAAGGCUUCUGGUGUGGACAACAAUCCAUCGGUUUACAUCCCACCAGUGCGACCCAAUCCAGUGGGGUCUGAAAGUACAGCUCCGGUUUCAAGCGCUGCUACCGGAGUCCCCGGUUAUUACCAGGAUUCUUAUGCGAACUACAAUUACUAUUCGGCUGCAAACAACGUUCCAGCGGCAUCUGCAACUGACUACUCCCAAUACUAUCAACAACAACAACAACAACAGCAGCAGAUGCCCUAUGGGAGUCAUACAAUGCCUUCUUCAACAUUCCAGUCGAGUGUCACCAACUCGACUACGGCUACCGCCACCCAGGCACAGCCGCAAACUACGGGUUAUGUGAAUCCCAUCUAUCAGAAUCCAAUGCCACCUUAUUACAACAACAACAAUCAGUAUCCGGCCUCGCAACCUUCGCCAUCGCUUUCAUCCAGUUCAUCCAGUGAAGUUGGUUUGAACCAGGGAACACAACAGUGGAAUCAAAUCAAUCAACAGUUUGGUGCUAUGAAUCUCCAACAACCGACGCAAUCCUAUCAAACGCCGUCGGUUGCUCCAACAGUUUCCGCUGCAGCAACUUACUCCCAAAAUGGAAGCUACCAAGCCGAUAGUAGCACCAUGAGUCAACAGUACAAUGCCUAUGGCCCCUCUACGACUCCGAAUCAAACGACCACCGGUCAGUACUAUCAACAACAGCAACCGCAAAUCCAAGUACCUCAAUCGUACGCUCAAUCUGUGCAACCGACUCCGCAAGAACCUCACAAGAUCAACCAAGAUUCCACCAGUUCCUAUCCUAGCUAUCCCGGAUACACCUACAAUCCUCAAACGGGAACCUACGACUACACGGGGAUCACCCAGCAACCGACAUCCUACGCAAGUCAGUAUAGUGCUGCACCAGCAACUGCUACCGCGACGACCACAACUACAGCAUCAUCCGCCGCCUCCAACUACUAUCCUGUUCAACCUACAAACCCAUACGACUACAACAACCAAGUCCAACAACCUCAAGUAUCGACCUACGGGUCACCGUACAAUAACACGGUCCCCAGUCAACCCACUCCAACGCCGGUCGUCAGUGCAACAGUGGAACAGCCCACUGUGCCCAGUGCGGGAACCUAUCCCUACGGUGCCACCAUCACUAGUGCAACCGGCUACGAUUACAGUCAACAAAAUGUGCAGCCACAGCAAACGAUGGUCACAGCCGAUGGAUCCGCAACUGGGCAACAGCAGCAGCAGCAGUCGCAGCAGUACUAUUCAACGCAGGAUCAAUCGCAGAAUUCGUACUAUGGAAAUACUGGUUACGGCUAUCAACCUACGCAAUCGACCUAUACCCAAAACCAUCAGCCGGCAUCUGCAGAUAGCACUUAUGCUAAUCAGUAUUCAAACAGCAAUGCUCACUCUCAAACUCCCGCAAAUCAAACAUCCACCGCUUACAACUACGGAACUUACCCGAACACAGCUACCACCGACCAAACGCCGCAAUACACAAACUACCAACAACCAACCCCAGUUCAACAAACAGUGGCCGAACAACCAAGAACUACAGUCUCAUCGGCAGCCCCACAACCUCGACCCCAGCCCCAACCUCAAUCUCCCGCCACACUCACCACCAAAAGUUCGUCCAACUUGGAUCUUCUUUCCGGCAUCGACUUCACCCCCGCACCCGUGGCGGCCCCUGUCCUUCAACCGCAAACUUCGGUUCCCCCGGCCGAUGACGACGACAUCAAAAGCGAAAUCCUAACACCGACCAAAGCAGCUCCAUCUCUACCGGUAAUCCCUGUUCAACCGGAUCCACCGAUCGCGAUCGACCGCAAAAAGAGCGCGGACGAGCUGUCGAUCUGCUCGGACCUGAGUUCCAUCGAUCAGAACUUCGAUUGGGAAAGUGCAUCGAUUCGGGCGGUCCGUGCCGGGUCUUUGCCGGAAGCUCCGACGACGGUGGCGGCGCCGGCAGCUUCCCGCACGCACAGUCGCGUCGGAAGUAUGGUCGAUAGUAGCAUUGUGACGGUUCAGUCGGUGCGAGAUCCCUUCGAGGAUCAGGCCACGCUGAAGUGGUUCCACAAGGAGGUCGAACGGUUGGAGAAGUUUAUCGAUAGUUUGAAUGUGAAAACGCUGAACGGAACCACGCCGCUGGACGGCAAAUGGAAGGAAUUGCAGGAUUUGUUGGUUAAGGAGGAGUCCAAAAGGCAAGUGAGCGUGGCUCGGCUUUUCCCGGAAAAGAAUCGUUCAAUUGACUGCGUGCCGUACGAUCAUGCUCGGGUAACGUUGCCAACUGCCACGGAUAAUUACAUCAAUGCUGCCUUUGUGAAGGAUCUCGGUUUCGGGUGCCCUCCAAUGAUCUUGGCGCAAACUCCUAUGCAGAACACGGUCAACGACUUUUGGAAUAUGACUUGGUCUAUAAAGGCCAACGUUGUAGUCUGCCUGCACACUCCCGCUGAGAUCCUAGAUACUUUCUGGCCAACGGAAAUCAACCAGGAACUCAUUUACGGUGACUUCUCGGUCACGCUAGUGAAACAGUUUGACCUGACGCAUUGCAUCGAACGUUCACUUCGGGUAAUAAUGCACGGUUCCGAUGUCAUUCACAGCGUAACUCUGCUACAGAACAAACUGUGGCCAAAGCAGUCGGCUGAAUAUAUUCUAGGAAUUGCCAGCAAUGUCAUUGGUGCCCAUCGGCAGCUAGCCCAGGAACCGAAACAGCAGAAUCCGUUGAUCGUCAACUGUUUGAACGGUUCGGAUCGAUCGAGUUUAUUGGCCGUGGCAAUGUCAGCUAUCCUGGCUACACAGAAUAAAAAACCGAUUUUGAUUAAUGUGGUCGACAUUUGGUACCGAAUAUGUUGUCAGAAGAAGGGAGCCCUUCGAGACCCUAACCACAUGCAAUUAUCGUAUCAAAUUGUACUAAAUAAUGGAUACAGUAUUCUGAACAAGCGUGGUAUAAUGACAUCGUACCAGAUGAAAACUGUGCAGGCCACAGCCACCGCCGAGAAGGAAGAAGCCAUCAAUGACCCAUUCAAGGAUUUGGAUCCCCUGUGGAAGUUGAAAUAAUCGUGUAUGCAUAAUGUAGCAGAAUUUAUAAAUUUUACUAUCGGGACUUGAGUUUACGAUGCUUCAAAACACUAUUAUUGUUUUAAAAAUUCCAUGCCGGACUCCGGUAUCUACUGUGGAGGUGGCAUUCAUUGCAUUCGCUUCUUAAGGUGCAGAAUCCAUCUCUGGCGAAACAUAUAUUCUCACGCUUGUUUUAUUUAUUAUCUGUAGAGCUGAUUAUACAACACAUUAUUGGAUGAGUAUAUUGUAAAAUGCGUAUUAUACACCCCCUAGUAGCUAGGUACGAAAGCAUAGAUCGGGAAGAUGAUUUUGGUCGUGCAGAAAAGAACUGAUGUUUUGAAUAUUUAUAUCCUCGUUUAACGACACCGUUAGGUGGCAAUAAUAAAAUGCUAAUAAACUGUUAUAAAGUA